CAACCAACCGACCGACCGACCGACCCUUCACAACUUUCUUACCUACCUACACCCACACCCACAAAUACACACAGACAUGUCCUCUCUAGCAGACUACCUCGCGAAAAAAUACCUCACCGCAGACCCCGCCACCGAAAGACCCAAAAAGAAACGCAAGAAGAAUACCAAAUCCGACAGCACACCAACCGGACUCAUCAUCGCGGACGACGACCCGCCCGAUCUACGUUCCCACGGAACCACACUCCACGAUGACGAAGACGCACCCUCGAUUGUGACAGGCGCAGGGGCCAGAAGUGGCGAGUUCCGGCGCAAGAAAACAUCCGGGUGGAAGACUAUUGCGGGGACGGAACAGGAUGAGGCGGAUAAGAUUCUUGCGGAUGCGGUUGCGGAGAGGGAGGUUGGGAGGGGGGGUUAGGGGAGGAGAGGGAUGAGGAUGCGCCGGUUGUGGAGGAAGAGGAGGAAGGGGUGAGGAUGGAGUCUGGGGCGUUGGCCGGGUUGCAGACGGCGGCGCAGACGGCGGCGAUGGUGGCGGCGCAGGAGAGGAAGAAGAAGUUGGAGGCGGCCAAGUAUAGGGACUCGGCGCUGGGGGAAAAAUCCCAAGAGACGAUUUAUCGUGAUGCGAGUGGAAGGAUUAUUAAUGUGGCGUUGAAGAGGGCGGAGGCGAGACGGGCGGAGGAGGAGAAGAAGCUGAAAGAGGAGGAGGCGAAGGAGGCGUUGAUGGGUGAUGUGCAGAGACGGGAGAGAGAGGAGAGGAGACAGCAGUUGCAGGAGGUGAAGGCGAUGCCGUUGGCGAGGACGGCAGAUGAUGAUGAUCUGAAUGAUGAGUUGAAGGGGAAAAUGAGGUGGAAUGAUCCGGCCGCGCAGUUCUUGACCAGUGUGAGGGAUGGGGGUACGAGUCGGACGGGGAAGCCUUUGUAUAAGGGAGGGUUUGCGCCAAAUCGCUAUGGCAUUAGACCCGGCAUCGGUGGGAUGGAGUUGAUCGGGGAAUGGUUUCGAGAAGGAGUGGUUUGCGGCGAGGAAUAGAAAGGGUCGGUUGGAGGCGUUGGAUUAUCAAUGGCAGAUGGAUGAGUGAGGGUCUUUUCUUUAUAUAUGGGUUGAUGUAUGUGAUCUGGUGCUGGACGCUGGAUGGACCAAAAUAAUAUCAUUGAGUGGACUGUUUGAGUACAGUGUAAGGUGUUGCAUGUAUUGCUUAUUUGUAUCUCCUAAUUUCUACUAUAGCAACUCUGCACUGAAGCCGUUGUUGAAUGUAUCAGGGCAAGCAUCACAUACAACCUGCUUGUUAGGUUUCUCAGACAAUCAGCA